UGAAAACAAAAAACUAAAAGAGAAAACGGAGACAAGUCCUGAAGAGUAAAAAGGGUUCAAGGGUUUUGGGUUUUGUGAAUUGGAGAAUAAAACCCCAACCCCCACCACCCAACACCUUCCUCCGUCGUACCUCCGCCACCAGCCACCCUGUCAUUUUCGGCGGAAGUCUUAGCACUUAGGUUUCUUUGCACUAGUUCGUCUUUAAUUGAGUUGGAAUUGGACAUCAUGUGGUACCUUUGUGUAUUCUACCAUAGACUGUUGGAAUACAGGAAACCGGAGUUCGAAUCCCUCGCCGGUCUCUUUGAAGGUCGCAGUGGCCCCACCACUCUGGAAUGGCGGCUGCCGGAAGACCACCACCCGGAUUCACCUUUCCAUUUCGUUAAUCUUCCUUCAGAAGAGAUGGCCCGCGACAUUGCGAGUCGAAGUAUUCUUGUGAAGGGAAUAUAUGAACUGUGGGGUGAAGGACGGAGUUUUGAGGAGCUGGAGGAGGCUAUCAAUAGUUAUCCGGAUGACCGCAAGUUGCUAUACUUAGCUCCUGGCACUACUUUCAAAAUUACUGUUGAAAGUUUUGGGAAAGCAAUAAGCUCUCACGAGCAAAGUGAUCGCUUCCAGAAGUUGGCAUUCAUUCCUUUUAAGGGGAAGGUGAAUUUGCGAAAUCCUGAGCAUAGAUUCUGUCUUAUGGACAAUGAUGAUUAUGGCGAUAAUAAUGGGCUUCCUCCCAUUGUUAAAAGGAGAAUAUUUUUUGGUCGGGAGGUAGGUGCUUCAGAUAGGAAGAUCUUGCAAACUUAUCAGCUAAAAAGUCGCAAAUAUCUUGGCCCAACAGCCAUGGAUGCAGAAAUGGCCUUCCUAAUGGCAAAUCAAGCGCAAGUCAAACCUGGGAAACUUGUGUAUGAUCCUUUUGUGGGUACAGGUAGCAUUCUGAUUGCGGCAGCUCAUUUUGGAGCAAUGACAAUGGGUGCAGAUAUUGACAUUCGGGUUGUCCGUGAUGGUCGUGGUCCAGAUUGUAAUGUCUGGAGCAAUUUCAAGCAGUAUGGUUUGCCAAUGCCAUUAUCUUUAUUGAGGGCUGACAAUAACCUUCCACCUUGGCGUUCUGGGUUAAAAGAGGUGUUUGAUGCCAUUAUAUGUGAUCCUCCUUAUGGGGUUCGUGCUGGGGGGCGCAAAUCUGGUGGACGCAAGCUUUUGAAAGGUGUCAUUGGUCCUUACACCGUUCCCGACGAUAAAAGGACUGACCACAUACCAUCUACUGCUCCGUAUAGCUUAGUGGAAUGCGUGCAUGAUUUGCUUGACCUUGCAGCUAGAAUGCUUGUAAUGGGUGGGCGGCUUGUGUACUUCUACCCUGUUCUAAGAGAGGAGGAUUCGCCAGAACCCACUUUCCCAGAACACCCAUGCUUUGAAUUGAUUGCAACAUGUGAACAAAUCCUCAGCUACAGGUACAGUAGGGUCUUGCUAACCAUGGUUAAAGUUGCCCCUUACAGCGAAGAAAUCGAGUUGGCUGCUAAGCUUAAACAUAUAGAGUUCAAAGAAAACCACCUCAAGUGGCUAGAAGAUGGAAAUUUACAUUCGGCGGUUUUCAGCCCUGCAGAUGUCCAGAUUAAUGGAACAGGUGAGAAGUUUAGCUCGAAACCCAAAUACAGGGGCAAAUAUGUUUAGUUUCAAGAUUAAAUGGUAGCUAUUGGACAUUAUAGACUUGUAAAACAUACAGUUAGAUCACUGAGAGUUUUUACAUGGUUGAAUCGUUUAGAAUUCCUAUUC